AAACACAUCAUUCGAUUUCCGAAUUCGCUUCGAGUUUUACGAACGAGUCUCAGCAAAGUUUUUUUUACGAUUUUCUUAUUGAAAAUGAAUUACGACGAUUACUUAGUUAGUUCCAACAACUCCAUCAACGACAACAAAGUGAACGCUAGAAAGAUGGCGCGCAGUCCUAUACACCAGAUCAAGAAGUUAAUCAAAUGUGUGCUGAAGAAAAGCCAGAAGAGUACUUACAAGAAACAUCCCGAACCGACAUAUUUCGAUGACGAAAUCGACGACAACAUCGCCAACGAGAUCCUCGAAAACGAAAUUUUCGAAGAGAUCGACGUUUGUGAAGAUUUUGCUGGUGUCGAGGUAUACGAUGGAUCCUGCAGCGAGAUUCUGCGAAUUACCAGGGGUCAACGCUUAGUUCCUGUCCGAUUUGCCAGAACUGAAGCCGGAACAUUCUUCUGGACGUCCGUGGCCUCUCCUGACAGCGACAUUCUGAAAGACGGCGACCACAACGCAAUCUGCAAUUAUCAAACACCCGAGCUCCAAGUUCCUUGCUGCGAUAGAUGGGCCCAAGCUUAAGGUUUCUAUCCGUAGCUGGUUCCUGCAAAACGUUGUGAUCGAAAACUGUGCCUUAUGAUGUUAACUGUUGUGAUUUUAUUGCUCAAUGCCUUUUUCUUUUUUCGACUGUACGUCGAUGUGAUAAUGUAGAGUUUUAUUUUUAUCUAUUUUUAAUAUUGUACCUAAAGUUAUGUAUAACCUGUCGUUAUAUGUGAUUUCAGCUUUAAUUAGAUUUGUAAUGUCUUCCUUUAGUUUUAAGAAGAAAUAUUUUUAUUAUUAUUAUUAUUAAAUAAAAACCAUUUUUAAACCAUA